AUGAAAAAAUCCUAUUCCAUUCCUCAAUUAUUUAGUAUCAAAAAAAAAAAAUUUCUAAAGAAAAAUUUCAAUAACAUUACUCACUCAUAAACUAAUCUCAUUCUAUCUAAUCAAUAGCUAAAAAUGAAAGUUUAGUUUUAUUGGUAAUAAGAAUCAGAUCAUUAUUUGAUUGAGACAAAAUUAGAAAAAGACAAAAAGUAAAUGAGGAUCAACUCUGAAAUUAUAUAUAUCGAUUAGCAAAACGCAAUAAAGAAUCUCAAAAAUUCAGAAUUUUGA